AUGGGGGCAUGGGCCCGAGUAGCCCCGAUGGCCCUGGUGGUCCUCUGGCUGGUUCUGUCCCCGUCGUCCGCGAACGCGCAGGUUAACCUGAGCUCCGUGGACUUUUCGGAGCUCCCGGCGCUGCUUGGGGUCCCCUUGGACCCCCAGGGCAUACGCAGCUACAUGCUGGCGGCCAGGCUGGCCAACGCCUGCCUCGCGAUCGAGGCUACUGAGCCCGAUAACCCCUCGCUGGACCCACUCGUGAUAGUCCGGCCCCUGGGCUGCACAUGGGAGAACAUGGGGCGGCGCGCGCGGAGGGCUGGAGCCACAGCAGCUCCCGCGCGCACUGAGGCCCCAGGGCAGCUACGCGCGUUCGACGACCUGGAGGUGACCGUGCGCUGCGACCGGCCAGCGCGCGUGCUGCUGCCCCACGGGGCACCCUGUCCAGACCCCGAGUGUCACCCCGCCGUGGCCGCAUCCUGGGCGCUCGCUCGAGCCCUGGCCCUGGCCGCGUCCACGCUGUUCGUGCUGAGGCAGCUGUGGCCGCGGGUCCGGUGUUGGGGGAGCCGGGGCACCACGGUGAAGACCCAGACGUGCCAGAAGGCCCAGGUGCGCACGUUCACGCGCCUCAGCGACCUGUGCUCCAUUUGCCUGGACGAGUACGAAGAGGGCGAGCGGCUCAAGAUCCUGCCGUGCGCGCAUGUGUACCACUGCCGCUGCAUCGACCCCUGGUUCUUGCGCGCCCCGCGCCGCUUGUGCCCUCUGUGCAAGCAGUCGGUGGCCAGCACGCACGACGGCUCCGCGAACAGCAGCGUGGGCGGCGACGACCCACCCCUACCCGGACGUCGCCCCCCCAUCUGGGCCAUCCAGGCCCGGCUGCGCUCCCGCCGGCUCGAGCUGCUAGCCCGGACAGUCCCCUGCCGUCGCUGCAGCAGCACCAUGUCCCUGGGGACGCUCGAGAACGUGGAGCCGUCAGAAGUGACCCCCGAGACCUCCUGA